AUGUGCUUCUCUGGGGCCAUACGAUCUUUCGUGCAUCCGGCGGUGCACAGAUCCAUCCGAACCAAUCUUAUCGAAUCGAUCAAGGCGGACGGCUGCGAGGUGGACGUAUUCGCCUACGUCACUCGAGAAGACACGGUAGUGAAAGCCAAGCAGGUCGAAAACCCCGAAUUUACGCCAAACUCCUCCGACGUCGAGGUUGCCCUAGCCGUCUUGGAGCCGACCAGGCUAUUGUGGCACCAAGAUCAAGCGGGAAUCAUUCCCAAUGGUUGUGCCGGGGUAAACAAUCGUACUGAUGCCUCCCGCCACAGCGCUCGCCACCUCUGGUAUUGGGAACAGCGCUACAGCCCCGAGGCAAGUCGCAGCCUCUACUGGCAGCUGUACAAGUCGCUGGCGGCCUACCGCAUGGCCCUUCGAGAAGAAAAACGAAUAGGGAGUGGCUUCACCUACGACUGGGUUAUACGUGGUCGCCUCGACGUGGCCUGGGCCCGCCCCCUGCCGCCUCUUCGGUCGUUUUCUCGGCAAGCUGUGUGGUUUGGCCGUCACUACUGGCCGAUGUCGGACCACUUCGCCCUCGUGCCUCGAAAGUUCUCCGAUCGUUUCUUCUCGGCGGUAAAGACGUUUUACGCCUGCGAUGGGCGAUCGUGGCCGCCGCCGUCGUCGUGGUGGCAGCCUGAGUGUGCCACCAUCGGUUUCGAAGAGAGCGUGCUCUUCAGACACCUCCACGCCUCCGAAAUUCCGUAUCGGUUUUACCCUCUGUUCGACUUCAUCAUCACGCGGGGGGUGAUCGGUGGCGUGUGCAAGCUUGGGUUCAUCGUGUACUCCGAAGUUUGCAGCCUCUUGGGCUUGUGGAACGCUCUUCAGCCGCCUUUCUCCCGAGAUCAUUGUCUGGAGGCGCUGGCGGAAUAUUCGGAUCUUCGAUGUCGGACUCUGUUUCCCGCCCGGGGCAUGGAAGAUGAACGAAGAGUGGACGCAAUCCUAGACCCAGAGCCUCGAGCAUGGGAGGCACUACUAGACUCGAGCCCUUUACUGGAGCCUAUUCCCGCAGUAGCAGCGCCAGGCCCUUUGGGUCGGGCAACGGAAGGAGACUCCAGCGAUGCUUCCAUAUACACGAGCGUUGCGAAGGCUGAAGACGUCGAUAGCGCACGCCUAAAGCUGGUACUCCUGAGAGAUGCAUUGCAGGCUCCUUCACCCCUUGAACCCCACUAUGAGAUGGCGCUUCGGGAAGAAGCGAAGGAGCGCAGUCUGUUGGAUCGUUGGGGAGGAUGGAAAACACAUCCCCUAUGGUGGAUUCACUCCAUCAUGGGAUGCCCUCUUGCCGAGCCUCAGCAUCCGGGUCCUUCGCCCCACGUUGUGCUGUACUACACCAUGGGAGAGCCCCUGGUUAGGGAGUUGGUCCAGUCAGUCAAGUGCUUCGUAUCCAGAAUAAUCGGCGAAACUCAGGUUGGAGGCGGAGACACCAACCAGAGUUCAUGCAAUGGUGUCAGGUCGUUGGACCUCGUGAUGAUUGACGUUUCUCUACACACGGAAGAGCUUGGCAUCUGCACGGCUGACGGUAGCUUGGGGCUAAGCGCCUCCGAGCAAGUGUCACGCUUCUUCGACAACCCAGCAGCCCAUUGCGCGGGGUACGGUAGACUUGAUAGCGAAAGAUUGUCCGGCGGAUCUCUAUGA